AUGUUUUCAUUAAAGGAAAUAUUUUUUCAACCUCUUAAAUGUCAACCUAAUAUAAAUACUUUACAUGUACAUCGAAAUCUAACAACUGGAAAUCAACAAAUAUUUCUUAUUGGUCUCGAUGGUCUUGGUGUAGUUGUUGAAUAUAUUCAAGCAACAAAUGAAUGUAAAGCAUAUACAAUAUCUUUACAAGAUUCUCAAUCUGACUGUCGAAUACUAAGUAUGGAAAUAUUACCUAUAUCAAAAUAUAAUACUUCUCCAGCAAUUGUUUAUGGUUUUGCUAAAACAAAUGGUAUUUCGAACAGUGAUGAUUGUGCAAGUUAUUAUUUUGAUCGUGUUCAAGUUGUUGAUAAUAAUAUAAAAUCGUCAAUACCAAGUCGUGCAUUAACCGAAUAUCGAAUUUUUAGUGUAAAAAAUAUCAUAAAUAAUGAAAAUGAAGUUAUUCUUGUAGUGGCUGGAGCUGAAAAAUUAUCAUUUUUUAGCGAGAAAAAUGAACGAUUACUACAAGAUAUAACAAAACUAAUUGAUCUUUAUCUUCCAGAAUUAAAAUAUACUUCUGGCAGUGUAUGUGCCAUGGAUCUAUUGUUAAUAUCUGAUCCAAAGACAAAUCAAUUAAAACAACGAUUAAUUGUUUGUGGUCAUUCAAAUGGUUUACUUGAGUUGUAUAUAACAUAUAUACAAGCAGAUGGAACUAUAAAAACAACACAGAAAACACUUGAAUAUGAUAGUUUUAUUAGUACUGUUAAAUUCUUCUAUCAUAAUCACAAGCCACUUGAAAAAGAACACCCUCAUUUACUUGUUACUAGUGCUCUUGAACCAGCAGUUAUUUAUCGAAAUGUUUCUGUAAAUGGUUUGAUUGAUCCUAUUGUACUUUCUGGAACCGAUUCUCAAGAUUGUAUCACAUCAAGUUGUAUCUGUGAUAUUGAUCUUGAUGGAAAAAAUGAGAUUUUAUUAGGUACAUUUGGUAAAGCAUGUUUUAUUUGUCGAGUACCAAUAGAGAACUAUAAAUUAAAUACGAUUGAUGGUUUAUCAUUUAUUGCUGAAACAUUUCCUGUUUGUCGUGUAUUAUCAUUAGCAGCAUCAGUAUAUGGUGUAUUAGCAUUUGAUUUAACGAAUGAUGGUCUUGAUGAAAUCAUUAUUGCAACAACAAAAGGUUUACAUAUUUAUCAAUUAGAAUUAAAUGAAGUUGUUAAAUUAAUAGAAAAUCGUUUAGAAAAGAAAAAUAAUGAAAAUGAGAGUUUAUCAGGUGGUCAUUAA